GAGAGGUGGGGGGGUUAGUACCGCACUGUGUUUGAGAGCCCAAGUGCGGAAGGAAAGGUAGGAGAGGAUAUAGACGCAUUACUGCAGCAACCCACCGUGGCACUUCCACGCACACACACACACACACACAGAAAAACAUUGAGGAUUUGGGAGAUUUUUUAGCGUGAAGUGAGCCAAUCUGCAUCUUUUCUGGAGGAGCUGGAUGCUGGGACUGAUAGCAUCUUCAUCUUUUGACUACUUCUUCUUGUGGCCUCAUUGCGACACUUUAGAGCCGCUACACUGCGGCACUUUUUUGGAACUCUUGUCAUCUUCUCCACGUCCCUUUGAAAAUCCUAUGUGAUUCUUUUGGUUUUUGUUUUGUUUCGCUUCAGUGUUGGACUUGAGAACGCUGCCGCCUCUGCUGAGUCAGCACAAACAGCUGCAUAGACGAUGUCCGCCCCAGAUGCUGCCGCCCCAGGUGGAGCCCCCGGUGCUCCAGGAGCUCCCGGUGCAGAUGGCGCCCCGGCCGGCCCACCUGCCGGGCCACCCAACACCUCCAGCAACCGUAGGCUACAGCAGACGCAGGCCCAAGUGGAGGAGGUGGUGGACAUCAUGAGGGUAAAUGUGGACAAGGUUCUGGAAAGGGACCAGAAGCUCUCAGAGCUGGAUGACAGAGCAGAUGCGCUCCAAGCCGGGGCGUCGCAGUUUGAGAGCUGCGCAGCCAAGCUGAAGAACAAGUACUGGUGGAAAAACUGCAAGAUGAUGAUCAUGAUGGGGAUUAUUGGAGUCAUUGUCGUGGGGAUAAUAUUCUUGUACUUCUUCUACUAAGGGCCGCCCAUCACUAAAGGUGGAUAUGGACUUGCGAAUGUUAUGGGAUGGAUGACAGAGAGAAAGAGAGAGAUUUUUACCCCCCUCCUCCUCCUCAUCACAUAUUAUGGAAACUGUUUUGUUUUGGUUUAAAUGUUCAUGCCAUGAAUUAUUGAGAAGAAGGAAGACGGGUCGAUGUGAUGAUUACCAGUACCAAGCUUAUUGUUAUUGUUGUGAACACUAACUUUGUUCUUUUGUUGUAAAGUGAUGAGCCUAACUAAUUGCAGCCUACUAAUACAAAAAAAAAAAACUCUUCUACGGGAGCGUAUCUGAAACUUGAGCAAAAUUUGAGCCACUUAAAAGAGACAAUCUCCAAAGCUGAUUGGACCGCUGAAUUGCAAUGCAAAGUACUUUAACAGCCAUAGACGGAUGAAUGUGGAGAAUCACACUGAUAGCUUUGUACAGAACAGAUUCAAGUCAGGAUUCCGUACUUCUUUUUAAUCCAUUUAUAGGCUCAGAAAUUCACUAUUUCUCGCUUGUAGUUCUUGUGGAGUGUUUUAUUGCUUAACUUGACACAAUAACACAAAGUAGGCCAAGGUGAGCUGAUUGUUUCCUAUUUGCAUGGCCAUCCUUGUCGGUAGUUUUCUCCCUAAUAGCAACACUUGUGCAUCCAUGCUUUCUUUAUCUAACGACGACUGUAUAUUUUGCUCUCGUCAGCAGGUUUAUGGACAUUUAAUGUCCCCCUGAUCCAAUAAUAAUAAUAAUAAUAAUAAUAAUAAUAACAAAGUGAAGCUUUUGCAAAGCCACAACGCUCACCAGUGCCAAACACAACUUUGAACUGUUAACAUUAUGUAGCAUUGAGAACAUUAACAUGCAUUUUUUUUUUGGUGGAGGGGGUUGUUAAGAUGAUUUAUAGAGGCAUUUAUUUUAAUUUAUUAAGACUAAUUGUGAGUUAUUUCUGCACAAAUGUAGCUAAUGAAAAAUUCAAAUGAUAGUGUGCAAAAAUAUUAUUUUGGGUGACAGAAUUACAGAGUGAAAAUGCAGAAAAGGUGCAACUGUUUGCAAAAAAAAGAAAUGCAUGCCUGUCCAUUUUGCUGAUGCCAAUAAAAGACGAUAACAA